GCUUCUCUUGCUUCUUCCUCUUCUUCUACUUCUGCGACUUCUUCUACUUCUCUUCUACCAUCUCCUCUCUACUCGUCGACACUUCCGACCCAUUCGCUCCCUCGCCUCCGCCUUGCUCGACGCCCUGCUGCCGCGGCCUCUCCUCGCUCUCUUCGAAAUCGUCCGCCUGCGCGCUUCUGCUCCGCCAUGUGUCGAGCCAGGGCUGGUCUCGAGGGCGGCUCGGCCGCCGCUCCGAAGCGCGAGCUGCUCCCUGCCAACGUCGUGCCUCGCCACUACCACGUUACCGUCGAGCCCGACUUCGACAAGCUCACUUACAACGGCUCCGUCGUCAUUGACCUCGAUGUUGCCGAGACGUCGAGCUUCAUCUCCCUCAACACGCUCGAGCUCGAGAUUCACGGCGCAAAGCUCUCCUCUGGUGGCCAGGUUGUUAGUGCCACGCCUGCCAUUUCCUACGAUGAGAACAGCCAAGUGACCAAGUUCGACUUCGACGGCUCCCACACCCUCGAAAAGAACUCCAAGGUGCAGCUGGCAAUCGACUUCACCGGCCAGCUCAACGACAAGAUGGCCGGCUUCUACCGCUCCAAGUACAAGCGACCGGACGGCACCGAGGGCAUCCUGGCGAGCACCCAGAUGGAGCCCACCGACGCCCGCAGAGCGUUCCCCUGCUUCGACGAGCCGGCUCUCAAGGCCAAGUUCACCGUCACGCUGGUUGCCGACAAGAACCUGACGUGCCUGAGCAACAUGGACGUUGCCUCCGAGACCGAGGUCCAGUCCAAGAUCACUGGCGGAACCAGGAAAGCCGUCACCUUCAACCCCUCUCCCCUCAUGUCCACCUACCUCGUCGCCUUCGUUGUCGGCGAGCUCAACUACAUCGAGUCGCGCGACUUCCGCGUCCCCGUGCGAGUGUAUGCUCCCCCGGGCCACGAUAUCGAGCACGGCCGCUUCUCCGUCGACCUUGCUGCAAAGACGCUCGCAUUCUACGAGAAGGCUUUUGGCAUCGACUUCCCCCUGCCCAAGAUGGACCAAGUUGCCAUCCCCGACUUUGCCCAGGGAGCCAUGGAGAACUGGGGUCUGGUCACGUACAGAGUUGUGGACCUGAUGCUGGAUGAAAAGGCAAGCGGUGCCGCUACCAAGCAGCGCGUGGCCGAGGUUGUCCAGCACGAGCUGGCCCACCAGUGGUUCGGAAACCUGGUAACGAUGGACUGGUGGGAGGGUCUCUGGCUCAACGAGGGUUUCGCCACCUGGGCCUCGUGGUACUCAUGCAACAUCUUUUACCCCGAAUGGCGUGUCUGGCAGACGUACGUCACUGACGACCUGCAGUCCGCGCUGUCGCUGGACUCCCUCCGUAGCAGCCACCCCAUUGAGGUUCCCGUGGGCCGUGCUGACGAGAUUAACCAAAUCUUCGAUGCCAUCUCCUACUCCAAGGGAUCUUGUGUGCUCCGCAUGAUCUCCACAUACUUGGGAGAGGAGAAGUUCCUGGAGGGCGUUCGCAAGUACCUGAAGAAGUAUGCCUACGGCAACACCCAGACUAGCGACCUGUGGGACUCGUUGGCCGAGGUCAGCGGGAAGCCUGUGCACGAGGUCAUGACUGCGUGGACCAAGAGCGUCGGGUAUCCCGUCCUUACGGUCACCGAGAAGGAGGGCGAGAAUGCGAUCCACGUCAAGCAGAACCGCUUCCUCCGCACCGGCGACGCAACCCCGGAGGAAGACAAGGUCCUGUACCCCGUCUUCUUGGGCCUGAGGACCAAGGACGGCGUCGAUGAGACGCUGGCCCUGAAGGAGCGCGAGAAGGACUUCCCCGUGCCCAGCCUCGACUUCUUCAAGCUCAACGCCAACCACACUGGAAUCUACCGAACGCUCUACACCCCCAGCCGCCUGGAGAAGCUGGGCCAGGCCGCAAAGGAGGGUCUCUUGACGACGGAGGACAGGGCAGGCAUGAUUGCCGAUGCUGCUGCGCUCUCCAGCUCUGGUUACGGCAAGACCUCUGGCUUCCUCAACCUCCUAAAGGGCUUCGAUGCCGAGACGGAGUUUGUCGUCUGGAACGAGAUCAUCUCCCGCCUCGGAUCGAUCCAGGCUGCCUGGCUGUUUGAGGACCAGGCCGUGCGAAAUGGCAUCCGCGCAUUCCUGAGAGAGCUCGUCAGCGCCAAGGCUCACCAGCUCGGGUGGGAGUUUUCCGACUCGGACGGCCACGUUGAGCAGCAGUUCAAGGCCACACUCUUUGGCAGCGCCGGCUUGAGCGGCGACGAGACCAUUAUUUCUGCUUCCAAGGAAAUGUUUGCCAAAUUUAUCGCUGGCGACAAGUCGGCUAUUCACCCCAACAUUCGCAAGAGUGUGUUUGCUAUUGCCCUCAAGUAUGGCGGCAAGGAAGAGUACGAGAGCAUCAUCAAACUGUACCAUGAGUCGACCAACAGCGACGAGCGCAACACCUGCCUCCGAUCUCUUGGCCGCGCCAAGGACCCCGAACUCAUCCAGAGGACUCUGUCUCUGCUGCUCAACGGCGAGGUCCGAGACCAGGACAUUUACAUGCCUGCGUCCGGACUGCGCACCCACCCCGAGGGUAUCGAGGCGCUGUUCAACUGGAUGACGGAGAACUGGGAGGAGCUCUACAAGCGACACCCGCCCAACCUGCCGAUGCUCCCCGCCAUGGUGUCGCUGCUGACGUCUGGCUUCACCAAGCCUGAGCAGCUGGCCCGCGUCGAGAAGUUCUUUAGCGACAAGAACACCAACGGCUACGAUCAGUCGCUCGCACAAAGCAAGGACUCUAUCCGAUCCAAGAUUUCGUGGGUGGAGCGCGAUGGGCAGGAUGUGGCGGACUGGGUCAAGACGAAUGGAUAUCUGGAGUAGGUGGAAUCACUCUCCGAAGAGCGCAUGUGACAUAUCACGGCACGUUAGAACACGACGAGCGGGAUGCAUGAGACGGUACCUAUCCAUACCUAGGUACCGUGGGCC